UUUCAAAACGAAUUAUAGCGACUACUGACCCGGUCGGGUUGGAAAAUUUAAGCCCAUCGACACACCUCUAAUGUUCGAAAUGUCACAUGCUGGAUGUGCGAGAAGUAAACAAAGUGACAGCUGUAGAAUCUACAGUGUAGAUGUUUUGAUUUAUUUUCGAAUUUUGUAAGUGAUUUUUUCUGCAAUACCAGAGAAAUUCCAUCACACAUUUGAAUGCGAAAUGAGCGCAAAGCAAGCUAAACGAAAAAAGCUUUUUGGCAAUCUCCAAUCGUCUGAUAAUGGAACCAAAAAUGAUCAUACUGCAGAUGAUACCAACGAAAUAGCUGGAAAUAGUUUUGCGAUCAACGGAACUGACUUUGAAUCAUUGUUUUCCAUUCAGAUCGUUAUGGACAAGAUUAUGAGCUAUCUUACUUACAAAGAUGUCUACAAACUGUCACUAAGUUGUCGAGCAUUAAGAGAACUAUCGAUCCUCGAAUUGGAGCGUCGAAAGAAUGGCUUGGCAUCGAAAUGUUUACUGUACCGAUUGAAUAACAUUACAGAACCCUUUCUUCAACAUCCUAAAAGUGGUGCAAGAGCCGCAGUACACUUGGGAAUUCAUGUGGCUCAACAAAAGUUUUGCGAAUUAAUUAAUCAAUUGCACUUUCGUCCGAAAAUUGCUUUUCUAUUGACUGGUAAUGUAAAAAGUCGUGAGCACCAAAUGUGGUCGAGAUGGUUCAAAAGGAAGUUGCCGCAUGAUUGUACCGUCUUGAAUGUUCUAUCCAAAACAGCCAUUUGUGGCUCAAUCGAUAACCAUGUGUAUGAGGUCCAUCACAAUAAAUUUGAUGGUAAUUGCGGACUAGCAUAUAUCUUGCUCGGCACACAGCGCGGCAACCGUAGUAUACACGUAUUCAAAAGUUUGAAAGAACUCGUGACGCUGACGGAUGCCGACGCUAGACGCAAAGAUCCAGUAAAAUGCAUUUUGUACUUUUCUCGAUCGCACUCCCGCGCCCAAUUAUCCAAAAUUCUUUCUGUGUGCAAGGAAAGAAACCACAACAACUGCGUUGCAUUCGGUGGGCUCGUAAUGGAUUCGUUAGCUUCAUUUGACGAUGAUGCAUACACAUCUCAAAUUCAGUGUGCCGGCUUGGUGUUUAGUGGGGCAGAUUCGGAAGUAAUGGCCGCCAGCACCAUCAUCGAGGAUAUGACCGAUGAGCAGAUUCGAAAUUCGAUGAUCAGUUUUCGUGACUCCAUUCCAUUCGACAUAACCGAUCCGACAAAGAACACGAUUUGUUUUCUUUUAUCGUGCAUUGAACAUUCGCCGCACGUAAAUUACAGCUCUGAGUACACGGCGUCGGAGAGUGAUAUUUUCCAUACAAUAUUUCCGAGCAACAUCCGAGUAUUUGGAUUUUCCGGACAUGGUGAAUUCGGACAAGUAUCUGGUCUUUCGGAAGAGCAGAAGAAAGUCGCUUAUCAAUUUUCUUGUGUAAUUGUUCUAGUACAGUUUCCGAUCAGAUAAGUCAUCUUUGCUGUGAUCAUUGCUGUGAUGAAUAAUGUGGAAAACGACAGAAAGCAACAAAGGACGGUGAUAGAUGCCAGUAACAUCGACGAUUGAAAUUUGUAUCUCGAUACUUGCUUCUAUUUAAUUUUUUUUUAAAUAGUAUUACAUGCCUCGAUAGGGGUGCUUAAUUUUACACAUUUUGUCAAACUGACUGGAUU